GGAUAAAAUUAAUUUGCACAACAAAAUGAAAGGUUGAUUCACUUUUGCAAUCAUGUUUGCGAUAUUUUGAGCUGUACAAGGGAAGAUUUGUUCCAGCACCGAAGAACUCACUGCAACUCCAUUUUUAAGGAAGUAUGAUAAUUCUUAUGUGGCAUCUAACAGGAUUUAACGCUAUGGUUAAAAAUCCUGUGCAAGAUAAACUAUAUUUCAUUUCAUACUUCACAAACAAUGUUUCAGUGAAUGGAUACACAGGAGUUGUAGUUACUGAUUUUGACCUAGCUCUAGAGAGAAUGGUAUCAAUUUAUGGACUUCCGACUCGAUUUGACCACGACAUCAGUGAUGAUGGAGAGUACCUGUACUUAUUAUUAAAAGACACCACGCAUGUGGUGGAGUUCUCAACUUCAACUUUUACCAUAAGUCAAUAUCUUCUGAUCUCUUCUGUGCAAGCAAAUGAAGAAGUUAUUGUGAAAACUGUUGGGUCUAAUAUUUUCAUCACUGUGAAACAAACUGUUGGAAAUGUUUGGGCUGUAUGAAAAUGGAUUCGUGGAAAUCCCAAUAUGGCUUGCUUUGAUUAUGGAAGAGAUACACGCAUAAAUUACUCUCCAAUAGACUCCUCAAAUAUAUUUAUAAAUAUCAUGAUUCCAAGUGACACAAAGCUCUAUUUCAUAUCAGCAAAUUACUCAGAUACAUCAUCUCUAAAUUGGUCAAAGCAGAUCCAAUGACUAACAUCAUGCUCUCUUGCCCCCUCAAGAGCGUUGACCAGCAGAGACGGUCAGUCCAUCUACACAUGAAUAUUCUUCUCGCACAGGAUUCUUGUUUAUAAGCUAAACUCAACUACUGGAGAGCCAGUCUUUUCAGGGCUCAAAACUUUCAUAACUUCUGCUGUAGUGUAUAACCUAGAAGAACUGGAUUCACAAAUAGUCGUGAUGGCCAAGGACUAUGAUAGAUCUCAAAUUUUUAUUAUGCUAAUCAAGAAGGACAAUUUUCAAGAUGAAAUUUCUGAGUAUUACCAAACUGGAGAAUAUUUUUACACAUCAAAAGCUAUUAGUUCUAAUGGUAAAGAGCUACUUGUACUUGGAGGAGAAAUUUCAAGCGAUUAUUCUUUUCUUAGAGUUCCUCCUCAAGAUCUUGGGGUGGUUGAUUAUAUGGUGCAAAGAUCGACCAUUUUUACUUCGAUUUCGACCACUUUCGAUCUCAGAGAUCCUUCAACUUCACUCCCAACGUUAAAUGUAACGACUCUAAGUAUCACCAAUCAGAGUUCAGCUGGAGUUGCAGUAAAUACAGAAACAAUCACAGAGCUAGCAGGCGAGUAUUAUGUAAACAUCAUGAAUGAUGACUUUAACAAGUCCUAUCUUUCAGAAGUAGUCAUCACUCAGACUCUGACUUUGGGCUGAACCAACUCUGCUGAUCCUGUUUCCCUCAUCCAUUCUGUCCAAGAACUCAAUGGCCAGUCAGUCCCUAGUUGGGUCUCCUUCGAUGCUGCCACUGAAGUGCUCACUCUCAACAAGACACCGGUUGUGAAUGGGACUCAGCUGUUCCAGUUUGCAAUCCAAUCUCAAUACGGCUCAGACACAUACUCCAAGCGAGUGUUCAUCACUGUGGAGUCGUGCAGUCUAGACAACUGCAACGAGUGCCAGGCUGACUCUCCUCAGACUUGAACAGAAUGCAAGUUUGGAUACAACCUCAAGCAAGGAAAGUGUGUUAAAGCAGAUGCAGGAGCAGCAUCAACAGCAGCUCAAGCGGCUGCAGGAGUGGCCAUGGCUCUGGCAGCUGCUUCUUCUGUAGUGUCAAUGAGUUCACCAGUUGGAAUGUUCAGCAUGAUAAAUCAGUUACAGCUGUACAUUCUGUUGCCAAUGCUUCCACCAUAUUUCCCAGCCAAAGUAGGAGACUUUAUUCUGGGUAUGGACUUUGCUUUUGUAUCAUUGGAUUUCAUCCCAACUGAUGAUAUUCCUCUGGUCAAGGAAAUCAAGAAGCUUGUGUCGUAUCCUCAGUCUGAUGAGUACCUGAAUGAAAUCGGAAUCAGCUCAGGCAGCUCCAUUGUCAAUUAUCUUCCAAUGGUAGUGAUAAUAGUUCUGAUAGGCUUUCUCCAUUUAAUUACAACUCUCAUUUAUGUAUGCAUAAGAGAACACAAACCUGGAAAAUGUAAGAAAAUAAUUGAGAAGUUCUUUGUGUUCAUGACCUUCAACGCAUAUAUCAGGCUGAUCAUACAAGGAUUCUUGUUUCUGAUGCUCUCGAUCGUGUCUGAGUUCAAAGCCUUUGACACAAGCAGGACCAUCACCAUUGUUUCUCUGGUCAUGUGAUUCAUGUUCACAUUUGGACUCAUUAUAUUCAGUAUUCUUGCAAUAGCAUGGUAUUUGUCAGGAUGGUCCUCUGCUCCAGAGCUGUACAAUCAUUGGUCAAUCACUGAGUUGGGAUCAGGCCUCAAGAACACUAAAUGGGCCAAGAUGUACUCGCUAGUAUUUCUUGUAGUAAGGCUGUCGUAUGUUCUGGAACUAGUGCUUUUGUCGAAUCCUGAUCAGCCCAGAGAUAAAUCAUUUGGUGUUUCGUCAUUGAACACUUAUUAUGUUGAGUGGAGUCUGUUCUUUAUAACUCAGUUUGCAUUUUGAGUUUACAUGAUCUGGAUCAGACCUUUUGAUGGACAAGCAAAUAAUUUGGUUGAAUGAUUCAACCAGAUAUGCCUUACAUUAGUGGUAGUGCCACUUUUGUUUAUGUGAUCAGAGGAAAGUUGGACUGAGUCAAAAGAGGAUAUUUAUAUUUAUGCUUUAUUAGCAGCUCCAUUUUUUAAUUCAGUAAUUUGCUUUUGAAACUUACUUUUGAUCCUGUGUACUAAAUGAAAAAGUAGCAAAAAGAGAGUUCACACAAAAUUGGUCAAACUCAAAACAAAACCCACCACAAUCCAGAAAGAAGAAUCAAAAUUUUCAAAUAUGCCAUGCCAAAUAAAAAGUCAAGCUUCAUGAGCAAACUUAAACCAUCCAAAUGAUUCAAAGAUGAGAAGGAUAAAUUCCUAAGUCUUCAUAUUCGUAUAUCCAAAAUAAUUAUCAAUCCUCA